CGGUACGUUAGUUAUAGCAAACCGGCCCUAUUAAAUGCUUCAAAAAUAAAGUGAGAUGAUUUAAAUAAUCCAUAUAUGGUUUUAAAGUUUAUGAUCCCAGGGACAAGUAUGCGAAAAUAUUUGGGCGGAUCGUAGCCCUAUCAUCAAGAUAUAUAAUACCCAAACCUAUCCGGGAUCCGGAAAACAAUAACUUUUUCUGAUUUUUCACAUUGUUUUUUCAAAAAUUUAAUAUGGUCACAAGCAUCGGCCAAGACAAUGAAUUAAACAAAAAUGCGUUGACUUAAAUGCAAACAAUUGAUACUGGUUUUAUUCCGGCCGAAGGCUGUGGCCACUUUGAAUUUUGAAAUUUUGUGUCAUCAAUCGUCUGCUUACUUUGACUUUUGCGAAUCAUGGCGAACAGAGUAAGGCAAUUCAACGAUGAAAAAGGAAUAUUCUGAGGACACGCGAUUCAACUUUAAGAUAUGCCUGGUAGUGGUCCUAAGAAUUAUCCUUGUACACUCUGCAAGAAGCGGACAAAGCCAGAUGAAAGGAGACCAGUGAAUAAAGACACCAGGAAAAUUCUACGAAAAUGUUUUAUGAUAGACUGUGCAGAUGGUGUUUUAUGCAGAAAAUGUCGACACAAGUGUGGUAAUUUAAAACCAACAUCAUAUCGUACAGAGAAGUCAUGUGUCCCACCCUGUGCAACUCCCAUACAGAGUCCUGUGGGAAAAAGUACUGUUGUGAGCAUGAAGAGUCCACCCUCUGUUACUUUGCCUUUACAAAGCACAGCAAAUACACGUGCCUACUGUGUAUUGUGUAGAAGACCUGGUCCCAAACUUGUUGUGGUUCCUGCACAGACCAGGUUCACCUUUUUCCUAGAGCAGAACAUUUUGAUAUCUUCAGGUGCUCGUUGUUGUCCAGCCCACAUUGUAAAUGACACCAUCAACACAGAGUCAAUAGAAAAUCUGGUUCCACCCAAAGAUACAAGUUUUGUCAACAGGACUACUAUCAUGGAACUUGUAGAACAACUUAGAGAAGAGGCCCUACAAAGAGGAUCCAAGAGAAUAGAUUUUGAUGACCCUUCAUCAUUGUCAGACAAGGACUAUCUCACUUUGACUGGGCUUAGGAAGUGCGACUUUGAUGACUUGCUAUUGCAUGUUCAAUCGGCAGACGUAAGACCAUCAAAGACAAGAACUGUGAGAACUUGCUUAGCAAUUUUUCUGACCAAAAUGAAGACAGCAAUGGACAAUAACAUGCUAGGAGUUUUGUUCAACAUGUCAAAACCUCAGAUAAGGCGAGCUGUAUCUUCUAUAAGACAAGUUCUGUCCAACAAGUUUGUCCCAAACCACUUGGGUUUUCAAACACAUCACCAGAGAUGCUGUGAUAAGUGA